GUACUUUAUAAUAUUGUUAUGUUAUAUAUUGUGUGCUUAAUUAGUAACUAAUAAGAUUACAAUUUAGCAAAUCUCAAGUUGAUGUGUACAUUUAUAUUCUCCACUACAACAAGAAGGUGAUCUACUUCCCUUGUAUAUCUUUCUUUGUUCUUGCACGUACAUAAAGAAAUCAAACUGUUCAGCUGCCAUUUGAACCAACAAAUUAAAUAAUAUUAUAACAAGUAAAUAGUUAAACAAUAAUAAGAACAAAGGGCCAAAAUCGUGCCAAACCUACAACAUUCCUGACCUGUGCCUCCCCCACUAUAUAGAGGUCACAUUUGAGAAAAAUAGGCAAUAAAAGUCUAGAAACCCAUUUUUUUAGCUUCUCACAUCUUUCUUCUAUAAUAUCAAACUACUCUUCAUCAGCCUCUUAAUUAUCUAAGAAAGUCUCAAUGGAAAAAUCAGCACUAAGCAACUGUGUGAGGCGAACAAUAUUCUCUAAUCAACAGAGAACAAUACAAGAGGGUCUAGAAGAGAGUAGUUGGACAAUGUACUUUGAAACCGAAGAUGGAUUAGGCCAUUACGAUGAUUCUUCGAUGAUGUCAGACGCUGCUUCUCCUAUGGGUUCUGUCGAAGAAGACACAGCUUCAUCUCCUUCUAAUAGAACCAAGGGUCACAGUGAAAUGGAAGACAAUACGAUAGAAGAAAAAACGAUGAACGAUACUAAAAUUGAGGAGAAAAGAUUGAAUAAAAACGGGAUAAUGAUUGAAGAAUACUGCGCAGAAUUGAAGAAGAGAGGACUUUGCUUAGUCCCUUUGUCGAUGUUGUCUAACUAUAUUGGUUGAAACUUUGAUUACUCUUUUCAAUCAUAUACAUAUUCUUUAUUGUGAU